UGCGGCGGCGCGGUGCUGGUGGGCGGGUGAGAGUGCGGCGGCGCGGUGCCGGUGGGUCGGAGUGCCGAGGCAGUUCUAUUUCCUGAAAAGAGUAUUCUCCUCCUUCAGGUACCAUUCCUCUAAGAGGAAUGUUGGUGACCGUUGGACUUCCAUUGCAUUGGUCCACGAUGAAACUUGGAAAACUACCACAGUGAUUGCAUCUUUGCACUAUUACGGAUUCAUCAUGUCUGCAACAUCUGUAUCAGAUAGUUCAUUGAUAAAGACUGUGGCCACUAAAGUCCCUUUUAGUGACCUGUGUUUAACAUUGGAAAAAAUACAGAAGACUAAGUCCAGGCCUGAUAAAAAUAAAUAUUUCAAAGACUUCCUGGAUUCAUGGAGAAAUUUCCAUAACACCCUUCACAAGAAUGAUUUAAACACCACUGAUUCCUUCUACCCAGCAUUGCGUCUGAUCCUUCCUCAGCUUGAGAGGGAGAGAAUGGCAUAUGGAAUAAAAGAGACAAUGCUUGCAAAGCUUUACAUUGAAGUUCUUGGUUUGCCGAAAGAUGGAAAAGAUGCUCUUAAACUCCUGAACUACAGAGCUCCAACCAACUCACAGAGAGAGGCAGGUGACUUUGCUGUGAUUGCAUAUUUUGUUCUGAAACAGAGGUGUCCAAAUAAAGGCACACUAACUGUUCAAGGCGUAAAUGAACACUUGGACUCUAUUGCACUUAAUAAUGCUGCCAAGAGGAAAGAUUUGAUCAAGAAGAGCCUAUUGCAAUUAAUAUGUCAGACUUCAGCAUUGGAACAAAAGUGGCUUAUUCGUAUGAUCUUGAAAGACAUGAAAUUAGGCAUUAGUCAGCAAACUAUAUUUCAGUUAUUCCAUGCAGAUGCAUCAGAACUUCACAGCGUAACGACAGACCUAGAGAAAGUUUGCAGACAACUUCAUGAUCCCACUGUGUCCCUCAGUGAUGUCUCCAUCACAAUGUUUUCUCCUUUUAAGCCUAUGCUUGCUGCAAUUGCCAAUAUAAAACACAUUGAAAAGUUAAUGCACAACCAGAGUUUCUACUUAGAAACUAAACUGGAUGGAGAACGUAUCCAGCUUCACAAGGAUGGAGAUGUAUACAAGUAUUUUUCUCGUAAUGGAUAUGAUUAUAGCCAGCAGUUUGGCGGUGCUUCAUUGCAAGGGUCUCUCACACCAUUCAUUCACAAUGCCUUCAAGAGCACUUUGCAGAACUGCAUUCUGGAUGGAGAGAUGAUGGCCUAUAACCCAAUCACCCAAGCCUUUAUGCAGAAGGGAAACAAGUUUGACAUCAAAAGAAUGGUGGAUGAUUCAGAAUUGCAAACCUGUUUCUGUGUCUUUGAUGUGCUAAUGGUAAACAACCAGAAGCUGGCAAAUGAAACCCUCAGGAAAAGACAUGAAACCCUUCAAACUCUCUUCACAUCAGUGCCAGGACGCAUUCAGAUUGUGGAAAAAAUGGAAAUAAAAACAAAAAAGGAUGUGGCCGAUGCCCUAAAUGUAGCUAUAGAUCAAAGGGAAGAAGGAAUUAUGGUGAAGGAUCCUUUGUCUGUUUAUAAACCAGACAAACGUGGCGAAGGCUGGUUGAAAAUUAAGCCAGAAUAUGUUGACGGUUUGAUGGAUGAGCUUGACAUCUUAAUUGUUGGUGGUUACUUUGGUAAAGGCCAUCGUGGUGGAAUGGUAUCUCAUUUCUUAUGUGCUGUUGCAGAGCCUGCUUCACCUGCUGAGAAACCAUCAGUCUUCCACUCACUUUGCCGUGUAGGUUCUGGAUACACAAUGAAGGAGCUGUAUGAACUUGGACUGAAACUGGCUAAUCACUGGAAACCUUACUGCAAAAGAGAUCCUCCACCAAACAUUCUAUGUGGCACUGAAAAACCAGAGGUCUAUAUCGAACCGUGUAAUUCUGUUAUUCUUCAAGUCAAGGCAGCUGAAAUUGUGAGCAGUGAUAUGUAUAAAACAGGUUGCACUUUGCGUUUUCCACGAAUUGAAAAGAUCAGAGAUGAUAAGGAUUGGUACGACUGUAUGACAUUGCACGAUUUGGAUCAACUGUACAAUAAAGCAUCUGGGAAACUUGCAUCCAAACAUGUUGACCUAAGUGAUGAGGAACCAGAUAAGAAAAAACGUAAGAUUCCUACAAAGGCCAAAAAGUUAAUUGGCAUUGCAGAACAGUUUAAGGCCCAAGAUCUAUCGAGUGUUGACAAAGUUUCUAAUAUUUUUGAAGAUGUUGAAUUUUGUGUCUUGAAUGGUCUUCACGAUCACUCCAAAGCUGAGUUGGAGAAGGGAAUAGCUAAAUGUGGAGGGUUGGUCGUACAGAACCCAGGGCCAGACACAUAUUGUGUUAUUGUUGGCACAGUUAAUGUCCGUGUCAAAAAUCUUGUUGCUGCUAAUGAACAUGAUGUGGUGAAAGCUGACUGGUUGCUGGAGUGUUUACAAAAGAAACAUUUUAUACCAUGGCAACCUCAGUAUAUGAUUCAUAUGUCACCUUCUACAGAAAAACAUUUUGCCCAGGAAUAUGAUUGCUAUGGAGACAACUAUUAUGCUGAUACUGAUAAAAGUCAUCUCCGGGAGGUAUUCAAACGAAUGAGUAAACCAGAACAAAAUUUACCCUUUAAAACUAUUGCUGACCUAGAACAGCGAUACUUAUGGGACAUAUCCUCUCUAAGUAUGUUCAGACACUGCAUCGUUUAUAUAGAUUUCUACACUAGAAUUGGUGACUCUAGUACGCAGAUACAUGGCACAAGUUUAGAUUUGAGGAUUUUAGAGUUGCGGUUUCAUGGGGCACAAUGUGUCACAAACUUGAAAGAAGGUGUCUCACAUGUUGUCAUUGGUAAUGAUGUACAACGUCUCUCAGAACUAAAGUUGCGAAGGACGACAUUUAAAAGGAAAUUCAAAAUUGUGUUGGAAUCAUGGAUAACUGAUUCAGUAAAAGCAGGCAGUCUGCAAGAUGAAAAAUAUUAUCUGCUGUAGAAGAAUCAAUGAAAUAUAAGUAAGACUUGGGCAAUUCUUAACGUGGGCAAUGUAGAGUUUAUAAGUAAACUUGUUCGAUUCCACACCCUGCAAAACACUUCAAUUGAAGAUCAAAAUGUGUCUGAAGCUGUGCAAUCCUUCACAAAGAAAUUACAAUCUUGUUUUGUUUUUAUUUAUUUUUCUGCCUGGACACAAAGCAAUACAUGAUCCAGAAGCAGUAUUCCAGAUGGUGAUUGAUUAUACAGUUUCCUUUUUGAGUUUAACUUUUCAGUUUACCCUCUAAAAAGGAUGAGUUUCUUGAUGUGGGCAAAAUAGAACAAUAAUUUUAUCAAUGCACAAUAUUGCGAAUGCUGGAAAUCUGAAAUAAAAUAGAACAAAAUGCUGGAAAAACUCAGCAGAUCAUGCAGCAUCUGUGGAGAGAAACACAGUAAAUGUUUCAGGUCAAGUGACCUUUCAUCAGGAGUUCAGAUGAAAGGUCACUUGAUCUGAAACAUUAACUGUUUUUCUCCAUAGAUGCUGGCUGACCUGAGUUUUUCCAGCAUUUUUUAUACUUUGUAGUUAUCAUCAACAAUGCUUAAUUUUCUAAAUUUAAACCAAGGCUUUAAAAAUAAUAUUGAAACAGGAAGGAUCAGCACUAGAAGUGAUUGUAAUAUCAAAACAUUGUAUUUAAUAAUUGUGGAACUAAUGUUCUCCUUUUUAAAUUGACAUCCUUUACAGAUAACAUGUAAUAAGACUUAGGUCACAAAUCAGAUAAAGAAACCAUCUUGCCACCAUAACCUGCAUUAAAUAAUCUAAACCUGUCAUUAUUGUUUAGCUUGUCAGUAGCAAAAGGAAAUAUUCACUGUUUGGCUAUAUAUAAUGUGACUGUUUCGACUGGUAUUUUGUGUCGAAUUACAAAUCAUAACUGUCUUGUGUAUUGGAAGUGACACUUAAUGAAGCAAGAAGAUUGGUUUAAGCUGGUGAUGUAUACCUCAAACUUAUAACAACUAUGCACUAUACUCUGUUAUCAAGCAAAUCAAACCACAGGCUUUAAACAACAUUCUGGACUGAGACUACAGAAGAGAUGAAUUUACUUGUAACCUAAAGAGAAUAGGGCCAAACAAAAAGGUAUGGCAUUCCAUGACUGAUCAGACUGAGGGAAGCAAAAUAAAUUACACCAGAGACCAAACAGUGAGACAGUGGAGGGGGAAAUGUGGUUUUACAUAAAACUGCCUUAUUCUUCUGCAAAGUCAUUUUAGCAUAGAAUCCAUAAAGAAGAAUCCUUCCUAACUCCUUAGAGGGAGUUCUCAAGCAUUUUAAGAGAAUCACUUUUUAUGAUCUCUGAAAGUGAGCUGCUGAGAUAUUAACUAUUAUAGUAUGGGUGCUGGUUUCAGACUGCUUUCAACAUGUCUAGAACUGUCUAAAUGAGCCAGUUCUUCGUAGACCAUGAAUUUAUUUAUUUACACAGUUAUAUACCAUCGGAGCCUUUGAAUUAUUAAAUACUGCAGGGGAAUUGCUAAACCUAAUAAAUAGUAGCACUUCGAGCAAGGCUUCCUUGAUUUUGCUUCAAAGCUAAAUUUUAUUGUAAUAUGUAUGUGUUUUUUGUGCCAAAUACUUUAUUUUUAUUCAUACAUUGACCUUCAUUUUUUAAGUACACCAUGUUCCUUACUGUGUUGUACAGAUACAUAAAUUGAAAGUGAUCCAUGGUGGAGCAGAUCACACAGUUCAAAUUAUGACAAGUCAGAGCCAGUUAAUGGUUGAAGUAAGGAAAUGUACCACAUGUUUUGAGUAAAAUUUGUCUGAUUUUCACAUACUGUUUGCAUGUUAUUAAAAUUUUAGAUGUUAAAAUUAUUUUAUUCUAUGGCUUAGGAGAUUAAUUUCUCCUAACGAUGAGUUAACUCAUUUCCACAAGUGAUCAUACAAAUAAGUCAAUGGGAAAAUAGAUUUUUUUUAAGGAAAGUAGUGGAGGGUCCCUGUUUUUGCUUCAAAGCUAAACUGUAAUUAAACAUUAAGAUGUAUAUUUUCAGCAUUUAUAGCAAUGGUAAAAUUAAAUUAUCUUGGAAGAAUUUUAGAUUUGUACACAGGCUGGUGUCUAUAUGUACAUGUGCUGAUUGUCAGCAGAUAUUCUUAUCCACGUUAAUAGCAUUAAUAACUUGUAUUUUGAAAAAUAAUUUAAUAAAGAACCUGAUUAAGUGUGGAACAUUAA